AAAGCCAAAAAUCCAAAACAGACUCAAAAGCACCUCCCUACACCUAAAACGGAAAACAAAUUCCUCGUUCGCCCUCUCCGUACGUCCAUGGCGAAGGUCGCCGAACUCCUCCUCCUCCCCUUCGAGGAGGAAGUCUUCGAAACCGAAGGCGACGAAGAUGAAGAUGAAGACGAAGACGUAGAUAUUGAAGACUACAACCCCGAAACCUUCGACCUCCCCCCUUUCUUCUCCUUCGAUCUCCCCCUCUCCCCUCCUUCCCCUACCUUCGACCCCCCCGACCUCGUCCUCCCCGCCUUCUCCUCCCCAUCCUCCGCCCCCUCCGACCGCUCCCCCUCGCCCCGCGGCCGCGCCGAAACCUUAGACCCCGCCGACUUCCGCGUUCUUGAUGGGGCCGAGGACAUGGGCUCCGAUUACCUCGGCCUGGGCCCCGGGUUAGGGUUCGACGACGACCAAGAAAUCCGGGGCGGCGCAGAUUUUUUCAUCGAUCACCGCCGGAGAUCCAUCUCUGAGCAGCCUCAAGACGCUCCCUCCCGCGACGGGGAGGGUCUGCGAAUCGUCGGAUCCGGAUCCGAUUCGGACUCGGAGGACGAGCAGAUCGGGGCCGGCUGCUCGAAUUCCGAUGCCGACGGCCACCGAUCGGACGAUCUGCCACUUCCCCUUUGUUGGGACUGCCUGCGGAUCGAUGAGGACCGGCGGGAGGACCUGGAUGAGGAUUUCGAGUGGGAGGAGGUCGAUGGCCGCCUCGACGAGAGGGAGGUUCUUAGCAUGAUGGUAGGCGACGACGAGGAGCUAUCGGGAUCCACUCAAAGAGAGGAGGAGUUAUUGGACGCCGAGCUCGAUGAACAAGAGGCAAGGAACCUUAACUGGGAGGUUCUUUUGGCCGUCAACACCAUCAGCGAAAACCUGUCGAUGGAACUGGAAGACGCCGAGUCUUAUCUCGGGGAUGAGCACGACGACGUCAUCAACCCCUCGGAGUAUGAGAUCUUGUUCGGGCAAUUCACCGAACAGAACAGCUCCAUUAGGGGCAGCCCUCCGGCGGCCAAAUCGGUGGUCGAGAACCUUCCGUCUGUUCUCGUUACUGAAGAAGAUGUGGCCAAUGAUAGCACCUGUUGCGCGGUUUGCAAAGAUGAGAUUUCUCUGGGGGAAAUGGCGAAGCGGCUGCCCUGCUCGCACCACUACCAUGGGGGCUGCAUUGUGCCGUGGCUUGGGAUUCGGAACACCUGCCCUGUGUGCCGCUAUGAGCUGCCGACCGAUGAUCCUGAGUACGAAAAUUGGAAGGCUCGAGGGGCCACCGGUGCUGGAUCGGUCGAGUCAUCGUCGAGAGCCACGUAUGGUUUUGAAAUGUUACCUGAAGCUUAGGACUUGUGUGCAAAUCAACCUCUUCCCUUCCCUUCCUGAUGAUGAUGAUUGAGUGAACAUGGAGCUGCUUGUUUUCGAGCAAGAAAAGUUACAGCCAUGGAACAACGGUACUACCUCUCCUCUAUUUGAAAAUAACACUCUAAGAAUACAAAUUUUCUCUUAUUUAAUUUGUUAUCUUUUUAUAAUGAACUGGGGUCUAUCCUAGCCAUCAUACCCACACUCUUUAGCAAUCAAAGGUUUUGUGUUUGAGUCGUGGGUUAUUCAUCUUCAUAUAUUGGGGCCCAGGUAUUGAUGGUGCAGGUCUCUCUCUCUCUCUCUCUCUCUGGUAUUUCUGGUGCUUGUUAUCAUUUGCAUAAACAGGUUUCCAAUGCCUAUAAUGUUUUCUGUCCUGUGAGUGCAAUAAAUAUUGCUGCAUUAAAAUUUGUUUGGUGAAUGACAUACCCAAAAAUUAAAAUACAGGAACUGCCUUUGACUUUUAGUCAAAUACGCGAGAUAAUUGGCAGUGAUGCACAUCGUUUUGUUUUGACGAGGGGAUUCUUGCUUUAUGGGAACAGAUUCUUGUGUCUGCUACAGGCUUCCUGAUAUCCAGGAAAUGCAUUCUGCACCUGGUCUGCUGUAGGCAAGUUUCCACUUAGAGAGGACUCACUCUCAAAUGGUAUAUAAUUUUGGUGAUCCAGUAACAGUGAAUUAAUGAUCCAACCAGAGAGGUCUAAUCUUAAGUACAGGAAGAUGUCAGUGAUGUUACUGAUGUAUUGCUUAAAGUUGAAGUGAUUUUAAAGAUUCCAACUACUUU